CUCUCCACACGGGAAGUUCGCUGCGUCUUGGGUCAAGUCGCCUCUGGUCUCGCCUUUCUGCACGCCAACAAUAUCGUUCAUCGCGACAUCAAGGACGAAAACGUCGUCUUGAACGGCUCUGGCCAUGCUCAACUCAUCGAUUUUGGUUCCAGCGCCCACGUGCGCAACGGAAGGCUCUUUGACACCUUCUCUGGGACUCUGGACUAUGCUGCCGCGGAGAUUUUGCGUGGAGACAAGUACGGUGGGAAAGAGCAGGACGUUUGGGCGCUGGGAGUGGUGGCAUACGUCUGUCUAGUCGGAGAUGCUCCCUUUUGGAAUGGAGAGGAAGCAAUG